UUGAAAAUCCGAUUGAUGUGACAAAACGAUAGCAAGGUUGUUGAUGAUAAGAUUCAUUGGAUAGAGGAAUGUUCUCGUUUUCUUUGCUUAACGGCUAACAAAACUUCACCAAUAGCUUUUGCUUAAACAAAAAUUUUGCCUCACCAAAAUGAAAUUGACCAAACUUUUCUUGCUUCUUCAAGGAUACAUUAAUACAACUAAUAAACAAAUAUAAUUUUGACCAAAAAAAACUACUAAACAAAUAUAAUAUGUCAAACAACUAAAAAAACAGAAGAUAUAUAAAAAAACAAGAAGAUAGUUUAACUGCAUGUUAUCAAACAUCAUUUUCUCAAAUUUAUCAUUUAUACACUCACUUACUCACCCCCUAAAACUCAUCUCUCUAAAUGUAAAACCCAACAAUAAGAACUAAUCCUAUGCUUCUAAACUUACUAUUAGCGUUCAUACUUCUGAUGGGUCGGGUCAGCUCCGACCCGGACCCGCUACAAGACUACUGCGUCUCUCCUCCUCAUUCACCUCACCAACACAUCUUCCUCAACGGCAAUCUAUGCAAAGAUCCAACAAAAGUCACCGUCUCCGACUUCACAACCUCCGCAUUGUCAAAACCCGGAGAUACUCGGGCCAACCCGUUUAUGACCAACGUCACUCUCACUACAACCGCCAAUCUCCCGGGUCUCAACACAAUGGGCCUCACGAUGGGCCGUAUCGACUUUGGCGCCUCUGGCGUCGUCCCACCGCACGUACACCCACGCGCCUCCGAAGUGACGGUCUGCCUAGACGGUGUGCUUCUGGUCGGUUUCGUGGAUACGUCAGGUCGGGUCUUUACCCAGGAGCUUCAUCCGGGUGAGACGUUCGUGUUUCCCAAAGGGUUGAUACAUUUUCUGUAUAACAUCGAUACAGUGAGCUCGGCUUUAGCUGUCUCUGGGCUGACUAGUCAGAAUCCUGGGACACAGUUUGUGUCUAUGGUCUCUUUGGAUUCAAAACUUCAGAUUCCACAAGACGUUUUGAAGAGGCUUUACCAUAUCAAUGACCAGGAAGGAUAUGUUGCUAGUAUCCGCAAAAACCUUGGAGGCUGAUGUUUGUGUUUCAAAACUCCAAUGGUACAAUAAUAUACUUUAUAUCUUGUUGAGGAAAUUGUGGUUAAGUUAUUAACUAAUUGCUAAACUAUGUGUAAAUAUAUAUACGACCAAAUCUACAUGUAUAUAUAUUUAAUUGGAAUGAUAUAAUCUUCGUAUAGAGACUAAUAAACAUGAGAUGAUAUAUUUGUUGAUCAUCGUUAGCAUUA